AUGUUCGUACCCGGGCCCCACAUGCAGAUGGGUGCAGAGAAAGUCUUGAGACUUUACGAACAUGCCCUGAGCCGAGCGCCUACUGCCAUCACCGGAGUGGUUGCUGGAUCGCUCGGCUUCCUGGGGGAUGCCGUUGCGCAAGAAGUUGAGCAUCACCGUGCGGUGUUUUCGGCCUUCGAUGCCCAGCGAAGCUUCGCCUUCACACUCUAUGCCAUCGGCUGGGGAGCCUUCGGCUUGCGGCCCUGGCUGAACUUCUUGAACAGGCGCUUCCCGGGGAGAGCGCCGUCCGAGAUCUGCAAGAAAGUUGCAGCCCAACAGUUUCUGUGGAAUCCGACAGUUUACCUUCCCAGCUUCUAUGUGUUCAAUGGCUUGCUCCGUGGUCAAGAUGUGGACUCGCUUAUCGUCAAAAUUCGUCAAGAGUAUGUCAGUUGCCUCGUGUACAUCUGGAAGGUGUGGAUUCCAUUGUCCUUCAGCAUCUUUGCCUUUGUCCCGGUGCGACACCAGGUGGCGGCCAACUUUGUUGCGAAUCUGCUGUGGAACACUUUGCUGUCGCUCUUCUACAACAGCGCGGACUCGGUGAGCGAAUGA